AGCGGGCAAAGGCCAUUUAUUUAUCAGCAAUAAAAAAACGUGUGUGUAUAUUUUUCCACGAAAGGCAAGAAAAAGAAAUUUUAAUUAACGCACGCCAAACAGAUAAACCGCGUAAAUUCGGCUGAUUUUUAACAUUGAUCAAUUUCAUCAUCCGUUCGACGACAAAUCAACGUAAAUUAUUCGUUACUGUUCGACUGAAACGGUCCGAAUCGAAAACAGAUUCACGCAACAUAUUUCUCAUCCCGUAUAACUCACAUCUAUAUAAGUGCCUUGGAAUCGCCAAUUUACAUAUUUUCGCAAAUCGUUCGGUUACCAGAUGAAUCGAAGCUGCAGAUUCACAAAUAUUAAUCAAAAUUGAUUGCGUGUAGACGUGAAGGAAACCAAAACAUGUCAGCCGGUAACAGUGAAUUAAGUUGGACAAUAUCAAAGUACAAAAUUUACGCAGCCAAUCUGUCGUUACGCUAAGCGGAGACUACAUCCAAAGUACAAAUAUUUAUUUACAUUUAAAUGAUGCCAAAUACAAACUCGUCUGACAAUUCGGCUGGAAAAGAUCAAAAAAAUGAGCUACCGUCCAGGGUAGCUCAAUGGUACUACAGACACGGUUUAUUCCUAUCCAGUUAUCCGACAUGUGCCACUAGCAUUGCCAUUGUUGUUGUGCUAUUGUCAUGUUAUCCACUUCUCAACAUUCCAUUGCCUGGAACCAUACCGACCAAAUUAAUAUUGCCCAAUUCGCCAACGAAUCUUUUCGAAGAAACGCCCAUCACCGAUGGUGGUGGUGGUAGCAGCAGCACAGAGACCAUCGGCACCGCUCGGAACAUAUUCAAUUUGAACAAUUUUACGUUAGAAGCACCAUUUCCAUGGGCACAUUCCGAACCGUUCUUCUAUGUGCAGCAGAUUGUGUUGCGAUCGAGUGUGUUGCCCUGGAAGGAAGAUUUAAUUUUGACUGAUGCUUUCCGGGGACCGUUGAACGAAAUUUUCAAAUUGUUGGAAAUUGUGCGGAAUCAUGAGGACCAGGAGAGCAAAACGACACUAGCGCACAUUUGUUUGCACGUGGAAAAUGUGAAACGAUCGACCAAAGAGUCACUGUUUCCGGAAUACAAUUGUCUGAUUCUAUCACCAGCCAAUUUCUGGCAACAGAGCCUGACCACAUUCAACCGAGACACAAAUUUACUGAACACAAUUUUUCAACAUCACAAUUUACACAAAUCCAAAGUAUCUACGGCCGAUAUGCUGUUGGGAAUGCAAUUGCGAGACGCUGGUUUCAAACGAUAUCCAAUCCGAAACCGGCCUCGAGUCAUUCAAUACGCCAUCACCUUAGUGUUGCGAGAAAACGAUCAAAAAUACCUGAGUUCCUUGAAGCAGAAACUGAUGACGCUCUAUCCGCUGCAUCAGAAACCGGACGAUGUCGCAACGUCGCACUCAUCGUUUACGUACAUCUACUAUCCGGGUGAAUUCAAUUUGCUCGAAUUUAUGCCGCUGUUCGUCGCAUUCAUCAUCCUGUUCAUUUACGUGUACUUUUCAGUGCGUAAAAUCGACGUCAUAAGAUCGCGCCUAUUCCUGGCGAUUAGUGCAGUGAUAACAGUGCUCAGCAGUCUGAUGAUGUCGCUGGGACUGUGCUUCUUUUUCGGAUUAACUAUUCGGAACGUCAAUUUCGGCAUGUUCCAGUACCUAGUGAUUUUGGUCGGAUUGGAGAAUGUUUUGGUGCUGACCAAAAGCGUCGUUUCCACCGAUAAUACGUUCGACGUGAAAAUUCGCGUGGCUCAAGGUCUCAGCAAAGAAGGAUGGUCAAUAUCAAAGACACUGCUCACCGAAAUUACAAUAUUGACCAUCGGCCUGGCCACGUUCGUUCCGGUUAUCCAGGAGUUCUGCAUUUUCGCGAUCGUUGGACUGAUCUCCGAUUUUUUCCUUCAAAUGAUGUUGUUCUCGACGGUGUUGGCAUUGGAUAUUAAGCGAAUGGAAUUUAACGGCAUGCACAAGUCUCCACCGAAUGACGCUGCGACACGACGGCCACAAUACCGUAAUUCAACGAUCACAUCUUCGUUCACCAUCAAUCGCUCCAGAUCGCAUCCGAAACUGACGGCAUUGGAUUCACAGCAAUCGGUCGGAGCGAAUGGAACGGCUGGCGGUGAAAAGAAAAUCCCGAAACGACUGCGCGUCGUCAAUUUUUGGGCAAGAACGCGAUUCUUCCAGCGUGCCUUCAUGAUCUGGAUGAUAUUUUGGAUCUUUUCGAUCAUCUACAACUCGCAGAUAUUCGAGAACAUUUUCGACAUACGCCAGAAUGACAGCGACAUCCCGAAUAAAUUCGGUUCGCCGGAAAUGUUCCGCAAAGACGAAAAUGAGAGCGUUCACUCGCUCUUCGACACGCCGUUGGCUGGUAAGGGCACAACCCAUUCGAAAUCUCAUUUUGCGGAAGACGGACCCUUCAAUUUAACCGAACAAAUCCAUAAGCUGGCCCAUCCCGACUUCGACACCAACUAUCAUUUGUCCAAUUUCCAUUGGUCAUCCAUUCUGAAGCAAUACAAUCUGUCGAUGAGCGGCAAAUAUGUCACAAUUCUUCCGUCGAUCCGGUUGUCGCACAUCGUGCCGCCAGAAGUUGCAUAUCGUAUCCGAAAUAACGACGAGAAGCCGGCGAUGCAUUUCCAGUGGAAGGCUUUAGCUGUAGCAUUGGAUCCAAUUGAUUUCAUCGAUACGGAUCCGAAUGAGGCACCGAUGAUGCACACUGCAAAUCGACCGCUCUACCCGAAAAGUCCGAUGGAAAUUCUACUGGCAGCAAUUCUGUGCGCAAUUAGCGUAUUCGUGCUGACCUACACUAUGGUGGUGUUUUAUCGUUGCAUCUGCACCCGAAACUAUGCAGAAUGGCGGUCCAGCUGGAAUGAUACCGAUACACAACAUUUGAAUACUCAACGCAUUUUGGAGGGCGUACCGAUUCAGAUCAAAGGGCACACGCAUCGCAUCGAAUGUCUCGUCACCGACGGGAAAGUGGUAAUUAGUUCAUGUCUGGAAGGUCAAGUGAAAGUGUGGGACGGGAACAAUGGUGAACUCAUGUUGAACAUUGAUCGGGCCAAAUAUUUUCAAAUGAACAGAAAGUCGUCACUGGACGAUAGUUUUAGUGCGAUCGUUGGAAGAGUUCGGUCCGUGAACGUUGAUGAUCAAAGCAAGGAGAUGUUUAGUGUAAAAAGUGCUAAUACUAAGUUAAGAGAAAAAGACAGAAAUUUGUCGCCGAUUUGGUGUUUGGAUUAUGUGGACUAUUUGAUUGUGAUCGGCUGUGCAGAUGGACGAUUGGAAUUUUGGGAAGGAAUUACCGGCAAUUUGAAGUGCAUCUACGAAUGCGAGGGAAAGCACAAGCACGGCAUUACCAAUGUACACUUGACUGGAAAUCGUGUUAUAGCAGCACGCCUGAGCGGUCGAAUAGAUUUUCUUCGACUCGAAACAUACAACAAGGGAAGACACAUUGACUGGGGAUUUACAACCGCCUACAGACGAACUCAUGUUCGUACUGGAUCGACGGGUAGCCCAUCUAAUCAUAGUAAAUUCACAAAUUCUUCGAUUUAUGCGGGUGAGGAACUGAGGUGCAUUCUCGAAGAACAAAAUUUAGGUCAUCAACAAUCCAUCACGUGCAUGGAAGUUGUCGAUGGUAUAGUUUUUACGGGUAGUCAAGAUCAUACUUUAAAAGUUUUCAAAGCAGACAUUGGAAAUUUACUGUACACACUUCAUAGCCACUGUGGACCAAUAACCUGUCUAUUCAUUGAUCAUUUUCAACCGGACACCGGAGGUAGUGGAUCACAAGAUGGUCUACUGUGUGUCUGGGAAUUAUUGACUGGAGCUUGUAUGUAUAGCAUUCAAGCACAUGAUGGGGCAAUUUUGUCGCUAGCCUGCGCUCCAAGUUAUGUUAUUUCGGUGGGAGCCGAUGAACGACUGUGUAUAUGGGAACGGUUCCAGGGACAUCUGUUAAAUACGAUAAAUAUCACACACAUUUACACAAGCCUAUUGAUGCUGACACCAUCACUGUUAGUCACUGGAAAAUCAGGUUCACUAAUUGUCUGGGACGUUCGCACCGCCGAGCCUACGCGUGAAGUUAAAUUAGAUUGUGCUAAUUUGCAGCUUUGUCCAAAAAUAUUACUGCCUGCAUCCGGAUCAGUAAUUUGUGAUUAUGGAAAUGAACUGCGAAUCGUUCGAUUUCCGAUGAUAGCUGACAAACGGGAUUAGGUUCGCGUUUCAGUUGAAUAUUGCUGGAAGGCAAUGUGUGUGUUUUUUUAACAAUUGAAAAAUAUUUCUUUGUGAACCACAAUUCUUCUUCUUUUUGUAUAUUUUUGUAUAAGUGACCGCCCUAGUUAAUUUAUGGAAUUUAAUAAGAUUUUUUUAGAAAAAUAAAAACAAA